GGGUCCCGUCGCCGGGUGCCCGCUUCCCGCCUCCAGCCUCCCGCCUCUCCCUCGGCGGCGCUCCCGCCUCGUCCCCGGCGCAGCUUCCGCUUCCCGAGGAGGAGCUACAGGCCUCGGCCGCCGCAGGCCGCCCUCCUUCCGCUCGCGGCCGGCAAGAGAGGCCCCUUGGACGGCGAGGCCUCAGCCUCCGGGAGCCGCCAUGGCCAGCUUCACCAGGCCGCGCAGCAAUGGGCCACAUUUGCUCGAGCCUGGUAUCUUAUAGAUGCGAAGAUGCAACCGCCAGGAAAAAUUGCAGCCAUCACUGCCAUCAGACUUCAGGGGAAGCAUAAGCCUGUAUACCAUGCACUAAGUGACCUUGGAGAUCAUGUUGUCAUAAUAAACACAAGGCACAUUGCUUUUUCCGGUAACAAAUGGGAGCAGAAGGUGUAUUCAUCACAUACUGGAUACCCUGGUGGCUUCAGACAGGUGACGGCAGCUCAGCUUCAUCUAAGGGACCCAACUGCAAUUGUAAAACUGGCUACAUAUGGCAUGCUCCCCAAAAACCUUCUCAGAAGAACUAUGAUGCAAAGGCUGCAUAUCUUUGCAGAUGAUGUUAUCCCCGAAGAAAUACGCAAGAAUCUUGUAGAAGUGCUUCCGCAGCCACGCAAAGUGCCCAAGAGGUUUGACGAAUAUACGCAAGAGGAAAUCGGCGCUUUCCCGAGGCUCUGGAAUCCGUAAGUGUCUAAAAGUCCU